GCGGCCACGGCGCAGUCCCUUGUAGGUCUAAGACUGAGGAUGCUACUCAACAUCAUACACAAUCACGAGUUGGUUAGCGAUGUUUUUGGUUGAUGGACCACACGUGGACUAAGCUGUACCUAGCCGUCACCAUGGCCCAGACCCUGCAGAUGGAGAUCCCAAACUUCGGCAACAGCAUCCUGGAGUGCCUGAAUGAGCAGCGGCUGCAGGGCCUGUACUGUGAUGUGUCUGUGGUGGUCAAGGGUCACGCCUUCAAGGCCCACCGGGCUGUGCUGGCUGCCAGUAGCUCCUAUUUCCGGGACCUGUUCAACAGCAGCCGGAGCGCUGUGGUGGAACUGCCAGCGGCCGUGCAGCCCCAAUCCUUCCAGCAGAUCCUCAGCUUCUGCUACACUGGCAGGCUGAGCAUGAAUGUGGGAGACCAGUUCUUGCUCAUGUACACAGCUGGCUUCCUGCAGAUCCAGGAGAUCAUGGAGAAAGGCACCGAGUUCUUCCUCAAGGUGAGCUCCCCCAGCUGCGACUCACAGGGCCUGCACACUGAGGAGGCCCCAACAUCUGAGCCCCAGAGCCCUGUGGCCCAGACAUCCAGCUGGCCAGCCUGUGGUACCCCACUCCCCCUCGUGUCACGAGUCAAGACAGAGCAGCAGGAGUCGGACUCCGUGCAGUGCACGCCGGUGGCCAAGCGGCUGUGGGACAGCAGCCAGAAGGAGGCCGGGGGAAGCAAUGGCAGCCGCAAAAUGGCCAAGUUCUCCACACCGGAUCUGGCCACCAACCGACCACCCCAGCAGGCCCCAGUAGUGGCGGCGGCAGCAGCAGGGACCGGGCAACCAACUGGGGGGACAACAGCGGCAGCAGGGGGCCUAGUGAGCGGACCCAGCACAUCAGAGUGGACCAGCCCAGGCACCUCAAGUGCCUAUACCAGCGACAGCCCUGGCUCCUACCACAAUGAGGAGGAUGAGGAAGAAGAUGCAGGCGAGGAGGGCACGGACGAGCAGUACCGGCAGAUCUGCAACAUGUACACCAUGUAUAGCAUGAUGAACGUCGGCCAGACUGCUGAAAAGGUGGAGGCACUCCCUGAGCAGGUGGCCCCCGAGUCCCGGAACCGCAUCCGGGUGCGGCAAGACCUGGCAUCUCUCCCGGCUGAGCUCAUCAACCAGAUUGGCAAUCGCUGCCACCCCAAGCUCUACGAUGAGGGUGAUCCCUCUGAGAAACUGGAGCUGGUGACAGGUACCAAUGUGUACAUAACACGGGCACAGCUCAUGAACUGCCACGUCAGUGCAGGCACGAGGCACAAGGUCCUGCUGCGGCGUCUCCUGGCCUCCUUCUUUGACCGGAACACGUUGGCAAACAGCUGUGGCACCGGCAUUCGUUCUUCCACCAAUGACCCCAGGCGCAAACCUCUAGACAGCCGUGUCCUCCAUGCCGUCAAGUACUACUGCCAGAACUUUGCCCCCAACUUCAAGGAGAGUGAGAUGAAUUCCAUUGCGGCUGACAUGUGCACCAACGCCCGCCGGGUCGUGCGUAAAAGCUGGAUGCCCAAGGUCAAGCUGCUCAAGGCUGAGGGCGAGGCCUACACCACCUUCAUCAGCGACACGGGCAAGGUGGAGCCGUACAUGAUGGACGUGGAGCACAGCUUUGAGACAGCCAGUCAUGACGGCGAGGCAGGCCCCUCGGCGGAGGCCCUCCAGUAACCCCCAUUGGACCCCCUCCCCUCGGGGCUGCACACUUCCCUCCUGUCACACCUGCCCACCUGCCAUCUUGGUCAUGAGCUACUGUCUGUUCCCUCCCCAGCAACCUCGGGGGGCACUGCAUGCUCCCAGCCCCUCUGCCUUCCCUGUCCCCACCCCCACCCCAUUCCAAGCGGGCUGGGAGAGGACAGAGGGGGUUCGAGGUCUGCGUUGCCUUCUCUAGCACACACUCAAUGCACCUCCUAACCCCUAGCAAUUGUCCUCCCAUUCAUCAGGCCAGGCACAGGGAGGAGCCGGCCAGGGGGCUCUGGAAGGCCCCCUCCCCAGGCGUCUGGGCCGCCUGGUGGAAGCUUUCCUCAGCCUCCAUCCCUCUGGGCAGCCCCUUAGUACUCACAGGGGGCCCCGGGUUCUCAGGACCCCUCCCGCCACCACCUCCCAGUGCUUCCAUGUUUCCAAAAGCGCCUUCCUGUCUCCCUCCUUCUGUCCCUGUGCCUGGGGACUGGGGUAGGUGAGGCCGUGGGAACUGCCCAUUUUACAACUGAGGAAACCCGAGGCUCAGAAUUUCCAUGGGGAACCGAAGGUGGCAGUGGUGGACUUUGUGUUCAGCCUCUGUUGUUUCUGUCAGUCCCCUGGGGCCUGAGUCAGGGGUCUCCUUGGGGCAGAGCCAGGGUCUCUGAGGAUAGGAGAAAUGUCCAAGGCUCCGAGAAGUUUGUAUGUGUGUGUAUAUGUGUGUGUGUGUGUACGCGUGCGUGCACUUGCUUGUGGAGAAGUUUUGCUAUUAAACAAAUGAAGCUAUCAGAGGCAGUAGGACCAGCAAUGGAACCAGGGGAGCAGGCUGGGGGGCUGCGGCCCUCCCUUCCCUUUCCCAUCCCCUCCCCACCCCACGGCAGGGCUCCCAGCCCCCACCUCCUGUACAUACUUUUUAAAACAUUUUUUUAGCUUAUGAAAUAUUGAAGUAUAAGAUUCCUUUUAUUUUUCAAACCAAUGGGACUGUGUCUGCUGUCCCCUUUGGUCCCUGGGGGCCGUGGAAGGCAGGACAGUGUGGGAGGACUAGGGGCAGGUGAAUGUGUGUGGAGUGUGGGUGUGUGUUUCUGAGGUGGGGCCCUUGGUCCAGCCACCAACUGGGUUCUUGUGGGUCUGACUAGUUCCCUCUCACCCCUUUUUCUGCUUCCCCAUGGAGUACAGGUAAUGGGUGAAGGGUGUCCCUGACCUGGUUGCCUUGACGAAAUCCAGCUCCUGGGGACACCUACUUCCAUUGUUAGUAGUUUGCAGAAUUUUCUCUUACCAUUCCUCUUUCAUUCUCUCCCAGUGUCAGUGGUGUUUGUUUGGUUUGGUUUGGUUUUGCGUUUUACGUGUGAACUAAGGAUUCUUUUACUCUCCAUUCCCCCACACUGGAUAUCCUUUCUUCACCAUUUUGUGUCUGGCCCCUUUGCUACUGCCUCUCCCUCUCUCCUCCCCAAUCCAACCAGCCCAUUGCACCCAGCUGCCUCUAUCUAGAGGCCAGCCCCACCUUGACCCUUUGCCUCUGACUCGGAGGCCUCCCCCCAACCCAGCAGCUCACCUCAUAGCCUGUGGUGAGGGGGUCCCUCCUGACAUCUGCUUGUUGCAGGGUGGGGUGUGUCAAGCCUGGCUGGGGCCCUGGGCCAAUCCCAGCACCUUAGCCCCUAGGUAGCCUGAGUAUGUGGGGGAGUCGACACCCCCAGCUUAAAGCACAAGCACCUUAGUCGCACCUCCCCCCCAUCCUGUCCUUGACACCUCACCCUAGCAUCGAUCCCAAAGCACAAAAUCCUGAUCAGUUGGCAUGCCUCUGGACUGGUUGAAGCUGAGGGGCAGACUGGGGCUCCAGCCAGAGCCCUAAAGGAAGCAGGAGUCCCCAGGCACUCCCCUCCUUCCAGGCCUUAGCAGGGACUAGCUCCCUGGGACUGGGGUCUUCUCUCUCCCCACCCCUUUGUCCUGGGCAGGCCCUGCCCAGUCCCUCCCUGCCUUGCCUUGUCCUAGGUGGGGCUUGCCCAUCUCUCCUCCAAGCCUCUGCAGCACUGGGUUGGGUGGCAGAACCCCCUUGUUUCAGGGGACCCCAGGAGGUUCCCCUGGCUCUGGGGCCUGUGUAUUGGGGUGGGGAGAGGGGCCGGGCAGGGGUGCAGGGGAGGAAACUCCUCACCAGGAGAGCCAAAGACAGGGUUGUGCCUUAUCCCAGGAGCCACCCCUGCACCCCUCUUACCCUGCCCUCCCCUUUCCCUCUCAGGCGGCCUGCUGCUUUCCCUGCCCUCCCUUCCAGGCCUUGCCCUGAGCUGCAUGGUCCCCCCUCCACCCUGGGCAGCCAGGAAGGAACACGGAAUCACCGACCAACACAAAAAAGACUGUGGGGGCCCCCUCUCUGCCUCCCCUGGCCGCCCCCCCUCCUCCACCCACACCUCUUUCACGCAGGACAGAUCACCUGUGGCAUCUGCGUGAAGUGCCAACACCCUCCCCUGCCCUGGGCCAAGCACCCCUCCCCGGGCCCAAAAGUGAGAUUGCACAUUAACUACUGUAAGGAGAGGAGCCGCACUGGGAAAUGUGAACCACGAGAAUAUCAGUGAUAACUGAUUAGGAGAAUAAACUAAACGCCUUUGUAACAGCCCUGCCGCAUGCUCUCACUAGGGUGCAAGGAGUGGGCCCCGGGGGGUUCACUCACCACCCACUGGGUUACCCCAGAAUGACACCUACUUUUCCUGACUUACCUUUGACAGAUGUAGAAGUAGUGUAUGGAGAGGGACUGCUCUUCAGAUGGGGACAGAGGAUCAAAGAGCUUCAACUUACAGCACUCUCACAACUGCCCCAGCAUUUCUCUACAUGAUACCCCUAGACUGUUACUGCAUAUGUGUGAUCCCUAUAUCCUGAAUGGGUAACCGUGGCUUCUCAUGGGAACCCCUCCAAAGCUACAAGGGUAAUGGCUACAUCAAAAGUGGCCUGCACACCAGAUGCGCUUGCUGCCCUUCUGCCAUCUGUGUGUGAUGACAGCCCCAGAAGCAGAUCCUAAAUUUGCCCCCCGCCACACACCUAAAAUUGGAAUGUGAAGGUGGUCAGUCUAAAUUCAGCUACUUAUUCAAAUACCCUGGAGAGCUGGAGGGGCUUGAGAAUGUGAAAAGGACAAAGGGUUUUAUCAGUGAGCUCAUAUUGAUCCAGAGUAUCUUGGGGAUCCUGUCAAAAGAUACUUGCUUUGUGGAAAGGAAGCUUCAACUCUGCCCCAGCCAGCUCCACCCUUUGAGAACUAGGAGAGCUCCAGGUGUCAUGGAGAUCAAGUAAUAGUUCAUUCACAGGGUAGCUUAUGGAUAAUUCAGUUAGACCAGUCAUCAAUGAAAAUCCACAUGUGUCUGCUGCAGAGUAGUCUCAGCAUACAGGCAGCCCCAAGUGGAAAUACCAUCUGGUAUCUGUGGGCUCCAAGAAAUAACUAAAGAUCAAGAGAAUCCCCCAAACCAUGGCAGUGGUUUUACAUAAAAAGUACCUACAUUUCUGGUCCCUUUAAAAAUUUGACAUUUGACAAAUUUUGACCUCAUGGAGUGAAGGACGUAAUAGCAAUUAUAACAUGUAAGUGGGAAACAGGUAUGUGGUUCUGAUGUCUGAUUCCAUAACAUCUAAGACAAUAACUAAAGGGUCACAGCACUUACAAGUUAGCUGGCUUAAGGAAUCAUUUCAUACUCAGAAGGUGAGAGUGGGAGGGUAUGGGCCGCUGAAGUGUCCAUGCACACCAGUGCAGCCACACCGAGUACCUGGCCUCACAUACCCACUUUCAGUCCCCCUGGAUGGUUGGACAUGUGUUUCAGAACCCAGAAACACAAUAGGGAGAUGUUUAGGCUGAAGUUUCUUUUUUUUCUCAAGAUUUAUGUACAGAAGAAUUGGGGUAUAGGUCAGAGGUGCGGAGGGUGAGAGGAUUCAUCAGAGAGUGGGGAGCAGAACAGGCAGGCUGACUGAAAUACACUGCUGAGGGGAGCAGCAGGUGAGACAGGAGAGAUCUGUUGUACUGUAUGUGUGUUGGCUCCCUAGCUAGGGAAUCACUCAGGCCCUUGUGAUAGUGCUGAGACUUAACCCCUAGGCCACUAGGGAGGCCCUAGGCUAAAGUUUAGGGCCUACCUGAUGGCUCAGAAGGUUAAAUCUCAGCAUUAUGAAGCUAUCUAGCACCAGUUCAAUCCCCGGCCAGACCAGGGAGCUGACCCACAUGGCGCAG